AUGUCACAAUCACCUGACUCAAUUUGUGCUCUAUAUCGUGAUAAAGCAAAGGUUCCAAAUAAUGUAAAGAUGUUGUUGAAGAGUCAAUCAGUUGGACAAAAAAAGGAUGAGCUUGAUGAUUAUAAUCAAUUGGAAUCAAAAAUUCUUCUAGACAGAUUAGAAGGUCUUGCAAGAAGAACCUUACAUCCUAUUAAAUAUCCUGAUUAUGCACUCUCUGCUGACAAUUUAAUUAAGAUGGCACUUAUACUAUUAAGAGCUCGUGCAAAUAUUCCAGUAAUUGUUUGUGGUGAAGCUGGUUGUGGAAAGACAAGCUUGAUAGCAUUUUUGGCAAAUGUUGUUGAAGUUGAUUUUAAGGCAUUAAAUCUACAUGCUGGUGUUCAAGAAGAAAAAAUCAUUGAAUUUGUCAAAGAUGCUCAAAAGGAAGCAGAAAAAAAGGAAACAUGGUUAUUCUUUGAUGAAAUCAACACCUGCAAUCAUAUUGGACUAUUAUCUGACCUUAUUGCUCAUAGAAUGCUUGAAGGAAAACAAAUUCAUCCAAAUAUUCGACUUUUUUCAGCAUGUAAUCCAUAUCGUUUCCGUACUAAAAGUGUUAGUGAUGCUGGUUUACAAACAAAAGUGGGAAUAUAUGAUGAAAAAAAUAGACUUGUUUAUCAAGUGAAACCAUUGCCUGAUCAAAUUUUGGAUUAUGUAUGGGAUUAUGGUGUGCUUCAACCAGAAGAUGAAAAGAAAUAUAUUCAUAUAAUGUUACAAGACCAACUCCCCAAAGAAUUGUUAAAUCAUCAAGUAUUGACUGAACUUUUAUUUGCAUCACAACAAUUCAUCAGAAAAGUUGAAGAGCCAUAUAGUGUUAGUUUACGUGAUGUAAAAAGGGCCAUAAAACUUAUAAAAUUCUUUUAUGAACAUCUCAAAGAUAGACCAAUUAGAAAACGAUACCCUGGUGAAAAAGAGAAGCCAGUUAAAUAUCCACAAGUUGGUAAAGGGAAACCAAGUUUGCUUAUGCGUUCAUACAUCUUAGCUCUUGGAUUAUGUUAUCAUUCCAGAUUAUAUGAAAAAGAAUUACAAGAACAAGAAGAUAAUAUAAAAAGGAUGAUUUGUCCACCAAAUACUGCUUUUAAUGAAGCAUUGUUAGAAAAUGUCUUGGUUAUGAUAGUGUGCAUGUUAACCAAAAUCCCAGUAUUCAUUAUUGGUUCACCUGGAUCUUCAAAAUCCUUGGCUGUAAGGCUUGUGAGUCAAAAUUUACGUGGUGCAGAUUCAAAUGAUCCUUAUUUCAAAAAAUUGCCCCAGGUAUAUCUCAUUCCACAUCAAGGAUCUACAUCAUCCACUUCAGAAGGUAUCUUGAAGGUUUUUGAAAAGGCUAAUAAAUAUCAAGAUACAAGUAGAAAAGAAUUUCCUGUAAUCAGUGUUGUAUUAUUGGAUGAAGGUGCUUUAUUAAUUUUUUUACAAAAUUAG